CCUACCUACUCCCUGAUGGUAUUGCGCAAGCAUUAUUAGCUUUAUUUGCAUACUAUUUACCAUAUUGGGACACAUAUUUACUUGGACUUGGUGUUACGUGCAUUUUGAUUUUAAUAUUGAUAUGCUUUGUACCGGAAUCGCCUAGAUGGUUGGUAGCCAAUGGAAAGGUGGAUAAUGCUUUGAAAAUCAUGUUUAGAGCUGCUAAAGUAAACAACUUAAGUACAGAACACAUUAAAGACACUGUGAAAAAAAGUAUGGAGAAUAUGAAUAUAGAGGAAAACAAAAAAGUGUCUGCAUCUUAUUUGGACUUUUUCAAGGACAUACAAACUGUUAUUAUAACUUUGUCCACGUUUGUGAUAUGGUUCGUCCUCGGUGUCACUUAUUAUGGUAUUUACCAGUACAUGACCUUUCUUGGAACAAAUAUAUACUUCACAGUUGUCAUUUUGGGGUUGAUCCAGGUCCCUUUAUGCCUCGUGCAAGUUGCAAUGACAAGGCUGUUCAAACGUAGAACAGCUCUUGCUUUAGCAUUCUUAAUCACUGGCGUCACGAUGGCCGGUCUCAUAUUUACCCCGAACGGUCACUGGUCUACCACCUUCCUCGGUGUAGCAGGAUUCUCUGCCAGUUCAGCGACUUACGCGGUCACCUAUUUGUACCAAGCGGAAUUAUUUCCUACCCCUUUGAGGAAUAUGUCUUUGGGUAUAGUUUCUGCAGCUGGGAAGAUUGGGGCAAUGAUUGCCCCUUUUAUAGCAAAUAUAUCCCCUACGUGGGUGCCUUCGUUGAUAUUUUGUUUACUGUCGGUCCUUGCGGUUGGGGUUUUUUUCCUACUUCCGGAGACAAAGGGAAAUAAUUUGAAGGAUACCAUUGAUUAGAUUAAAUUGUUAAUAUUUUUAGUGGAUAUCAAUAAUUACCUGAUCUAGAGUAGAUUAACGAAUCAGUUUAUUAAUAAAAAAACCGAUGCCCUGCGGUUUAACCCCAGUAAUUUCCGUUCCAGUAAGAAUAUGGUGAUAAAAUAGCCGAUGAUAUUCACAAACAACGUGGCUUUCUAGUGGUAAAAUAAUUUUCAAGACCAGCUCAGUAGAUCCAGAGAUUACCCGUACAAUGCCAGAACCUUUGUAUAACAUUACUAGAUACGUACGGCUUUGGUUAGCUAUUCCUUUUUAUAAUUACCUUUCUUCUUAAGAACGUAGUUAUUAAUAACUUAUUUAAUACCUAUGUUUAGAUGAUCGCAAUA